AUGCCUUCCGAAGUUUCCGACAUCAAGCAGUUCAUCGAGAUCUGCAGGCGCAAGGAUGCCAGCUCCGCCCGCAUAAAGAAGAACAAGAAGGUCAACAACAUCAAGUUCAAGGUCCGAUGCUCCACCAACGUCUACACCCUCGUCCUUAAGGACACCGACAAGGCCGAGAAGCUCAAGCAGAGUCUGCCCCCGGGUCUUACCAUCACCGACGUCGGCAAGAAGAACCCCAAGGGCAAGCGCACCGCAUAA